AUGGGUGUCACGGCUCCAUCCAAGCCCCAAGUAGCACUGGCAUUGGCUGUGGUCAAGCAGAAACCACCAGACAAAGACCUCAGAGAAUAUGUUUUAGAAAUCCGACGCUUCAUCAAAAGUUCCAAGGAAAUGGGCCAUGAUGGCUCGCUAGACAAGUUCUUCGACAGCGUCUCCUUCUGGCAACAAGCAUACACACAGUCAGAGGCAAGACAAAUCAAGCUUCAUGACCAAGUACAUGACCUACAGCAGAAGAUUGAGGAUCUCAGAGCGAAACUGCGAGCCAAGGAUGCUGAUGGCACCGAGGUCUCACAGAUCAACAAACGCAAGGCACGUCCGCCUCGCACCAAUAGGGACAGAGGAUGCCCAAAUGGGACUACAAAGCGGGCAAAGAUACCAGGUAGCCUGAAUCCAAGAUGUCGCCGGAGAGUUGAUGAUGAAUCAGGCGAUGAAAAUGAGGGCCCAGCAUUGUGUGUCAGCAGACAAUUGUAUACACUGCAAAAGGCUCUUCAGAAAAGACCAAACUCCGAUUCUUCCCUCGCAGCUCUAGCUACCGCGGCGGUGAUCCUUUGCAAAUCCGCAGAACAGCAAUUGAUAUCAACCGUCCAAAGCAGCAGCACAAUGAUCCAAAAAUGUUCAUCCCAGAUGGAGCCCGAGAAGUCAAAUGUACCAGAUACCGACACUGUCAUCAAUGGAGUGACGUUGGCUUUUCAUCUCGUGCACAAGGCAUUGCAGAAGCUUACCGAAAACGACAAAAGCAGGCAACACAACGCUCAGGUUAUCUACUACUUGGUAGGCUUGUUUGAGUCUAGCAUGACUGCUCUCACUUUGCAUUGCACUUCCAUCUCCACCAACGAAAACCAGGCCAAGAAAGAACAAUUCAGCCUCACUGAGAGUCAAUUAGCAUCUCAUCUCGCAGACCUACUUUGCAAAAUGGCGCUUGCUCUGGAUCUGACUCGCAUCGGAGACCAAGAUAUCAUGGAAGGAUUCUUCUUCCUUGUCCUUCGGCGUAUCGGGCAAAUGCUAGCCCUUCACGUCUUCCAUGAAAUCAGACUUCCUAUGAAUGUUUGUCCCGCAAUGAAAUACCCGGAAGGACUCGAAGCGAUGACAGACGAGGGUCUGAUGCCGAGUCAAGCGCAAAUUGAAACCCGAUAUCUUAUCCGGCUGUUGGACAAAAUGCUUGAUACCAAGUACCAACUAUCACCAAAAGCACUGGCUUCGUAUCAAUUUAUUCAAAACGUCAAGGAUCGUUUGCAAAAGACUCUUCUCCGCGCAGUUUUCGGACCCGAUGAUCGUAUGUUCCGUGAGAUCCUAUUACGCCCGCAGACCCCACCUCCACUUGACGGCUUGCCGAUGGAACAAGAGAAGUUCGUCGACUGGAUGACGCAGGAGCUGUGGCGACUAGUCGGUUGGGAUGUCUUGAGAUCGGUGUUCGCUUCGAAAUAA